AGCUGUGUGUCGUCUUCUCCUCUGUUUUGAGAAAAACGUCAUCAAAGGUUGUGUAUAGAUCAAUCUGCGUAACGAAUGCGCUUGAAUGAAAGCAAGCAUCAAAAUCUGUGUGGGGAUGGAAGAGGUGGAAGGCACAUGUAGUGAAUCAAUUAAGGAGAUUGAACUAAACUUACAACAAUGCAACAGAAACUUAAGCCACAAGGAACGCAAAGCCCUUCUAAAGAAAGAAAAGAGAAGACUGAAAAGACAGGAAGAAGCAAGAAAAAGACAAGAAGAAAUAGAAGAAGAAAAAAAAAAGAAAGAAAACUCUCCAACAUAUCAAGCUAGACUGAAAGAGAAAGAAGAGAAUGAGAUUCUCAUGGAGCAGCGUGAAGAAGCAGAGAGGGUGUACAUGAAUAAGCUGUGGGAGGAAAGGGAACGACUGGCUCAGGAGGAAUUCCGAAUGCAAAAGGAGCGAGAGGCGAGGGAAAGAGAAAAAAAAAUAGAAACUGAGAAAAAAAUAAGAGAAGAAUGGGAGGAGAGACAAAGAAAGGAAAAGGAGGAAGAAGAAGUGAAAGAAAAGAAGAAAGAGAAGCAGGAGGAGCUUCUGAAGGAAGCCUUAGCCAAUGAAAACAAGGAUGAACCAUGGCACAACCCUAUGGUAACUCUCAUACCUGGAACGGAGCGAGAAACUUGUAUGUUCUUCUCCAAAACAGGAACUUGUCGAUUUGGAGACAGAUGUUCAAGGGGACAUCCCCAUCCUGAGGUCAGCAACACUCUUCUGUUCCACAGCAUGUACAACCACUUUGAGCUGGAGCAAGGACUCAAGGACGACCUUGACACAACAGAUGUGACACUGGAGUAUGAUGAUGGAGAACUGUAUCAGAACUUCCAGGACUUCUAUCAUGACAUCGUACCAGAGUUCAAGAACUAUGGAAAACUGAUUCAGGUCAAGGUCUGCAACAACUACGAGCCCCAUCUCCGUGGAAACGUCUAUGUCCAAUACAAAAGUGAAAACAGUGCACAAGAAGCUUUCAUGAAUCUGAAUGGAAGAUUUUAUGGAGGAAAACAGAUAUCUUGUCAGUUUGUAGAGAUUAAGAAGUGGAAAUCUGCUAUUUGUGGACUUUUCCGGAGUGGAAGAUGUCCCAAAGGAAGAAAUUGCAACUUUUUACAUGUGUUUAAAAAUCCCAAUAAUGAAUUUUGGAGUGCUGAUAUGGAUAAUUCUUAUGAAGCAACCGAAAGUACAAGGUCAAGGAGGCAUAGAUCUAGGUCAAGGUCUCCCUCAAGAUCUUAUAGGUCAAGUUCAAGAAGAAUUCGGAGGUCACGGUCAAGAUCGUCUGAAAGCCAAAGAUACUAUUCACAUGAACACUAUAAGUCUAGAUAUUCAAGGUCUAGAAGCAGAUCCAGGGAAAGGUCCCGUGUAAAGUCAGGAAAGAAAAGCAAACGGUCAAGGUCAAGAAGCAGGUCGGUCGAAACUUCAAGGUCAAGGAUAGAUAGGAAGAGAAGGUCACGUAGUAGAUCACACAGAAGAUCAAGAAGCAGAAGCAAAAUGGGAAAGAAGCGAGAGAAAAAAUCCAGGUCUAAAAGUAGGUCUCAAAGUAGAUCAAGAUUGGACAAAAAAAGAAGGUCAAGGUCAGGAUCUGCACCAAACAUGGAAAUAGAAAAUCCAGCAGCAAGAAGUAGUGAAGAAAACUCUGUUGAUAAUAACAACCUAGAGAAUGAACAAAUUUUGAAUCCAGAGAAUAGUUCAAGUGGCCUUGUUUACUGUGAAGAGAUAAAUAAGGAAGUUCGUACAAAUGGGGACACUGUUAACAAUAUCACAUCUUCUACGCCUGGCUCACCAAAACAUUCAGUGAAAAAACAUAAAAAACACAAAAAACACAAACACAAGAAAAAGUCAAUCACUGUCUCAGAAAGUGAAUAAAUGAUUUGUUUAUCAUACAA